AUGUGGCGCUUCCUCUGCUCUGCGUCCAUAGCGGCACUCCUGUCUCUACCAUCCACAGUCCUCGCCGCCCGGCAGACGCAUCAUCAGUACUACUCCACCAGCGACCAUCUACUGCUAUCCCGCAACCCAUUCGAGCUAUACCCCCGAGACAAGCGACCCGAAGACUGCCCGCCAUGCUUCAAUUGCAACUUGGCAGAUAUGCCCUGCCUGCAGUUCGGCAACUGUACCAAGAGUAGUGGCAAGUGCUCUUGUCCUCCGGGCUUUGGUGGCGACGACUGCAGUCAGCCUCUAUGCGGUGCUCUUCCGGAUGGCAAGGACCGAUUGCCUCGCCAAGGAGACGAGCCUUGUCAGUGCAAAGAGGGAUGGGAGGGCAUCAAUUGCAAUGUGUGCAAGACAAAUCAAGCGUGCAACGCUCUGAUGCCAACGGGAGAAGGCGGUGUGUGCUAUCGGGAAGGUGUGAUGCAGAAAGAGAACUUCCAGAUCUGUGACAUCACGAACAAGAAGAUUUUAGACACGCUGAAGGAGAAGAAGCCAUCAGCCACCUUCAGCUGUAAUGCUGAAAGAGCCGAGUGUAAUUUUCAGUUUUGGGUGGACCAGAGGGAGAGCUUCUACUGUGGUCUGGACACGUGCAGCUGGGAAGCGCAGGCUAGCGCGAACCGAAACACGACCAAGUACAAAUGCGAGAACAUCAAGUGUAAGUGCGUGCCGGGUCGCAUGCUCUGUGGCGAGAAUGGCAGCAUCGACAUUGGAGACUUUCUGGAGGAGGAGAUCAAAGGCCCAGCGGAGUUCAGGUCGACCAGCACUGAUGGUGGCUCGCCGGACGAUGGCAGUGCCUUCUCUGAACCUGGAAUGAAUGGCUUGAUUUCGAGCGUUUUUGGCGACAAGAGCAUCUUCUUGAAGUGCCACAGUGGCGAGUGCCUGUACAAGAAUGAAGUGCCUGGUUACCAACGACCCAUCAAGACCAUCAACACGCCGCUGAUUGCUGGUGUCAUUUCUGGAGUCGCGCUGUUCAUUGUUGCAGUCGUACUGUUGAUCUUCUUUCUCAAUCGACGAUUUGCUGGUCGUAAAUGGGGCUACAUCCAUCUCUCCGAGGACGAGGAGGAAGAGAACGCCAGACUGCUUGCUGACCACAAACCUGCCGCUCUCCUUUUCGAGAACAUCUCCUACAACCUCAAGGGCAAGCAGAUUCUGACCAAUGUCACCGGUGCUGUGCAUCCAGGAGAGCUCAUGGCGAUCAUGGGUGCUUCCGGCGCUGGCAAGACUACAUUCUUGGACAUCCUCGCUCGGAAGAGGAAACGUGGACUCGUCACAGGCGAGGCGUGGUUGAAUGGCGAGAAAGUCUCAGAUGACCAAUUCCAAAACGUCAUCGGCUUUGUCGACCAAGAUGAUACCAUGCUCCCAACACUGACUGUGCACGAGACCAUCUUGGACUCUGCCCUGCUGCGACUGCCAAGAGAGAUGAGCCGUGCGGCAAAGGAGCAGAAAGUGGAAGACAUAGAACGACAACUUGGCAUCUACCACAUCAAGGAUCAGAUCAUUGGUUCCGAGGACUCUGGUCACGGCCGCGGCAUUUCUGGUGGCGAGAAGCGACGUGUAGGCAUCGCUUGCGAACUCGUCACCAGUCCAAGCAUCCUGUUCCUGGACGAGCCAACGUCUGGUCUCGAUGCAUUCAACGCGUUCAACGUCAUCGAGUGCCUCGUUACGCUGGUCAAGACCUACAACAGAACAGUCGUCUUUACCAUCCAUCAGCCACGCUCGAAUAUCGUCGCCUUGUUCGACCAACUCAUUCUCCUCGCCCACGGUCGGACCGUAUACAGCGGUCCCUUCAGAGACUGCCAAAGUUACUUUGACAGCAUCGGCUAUUCCUGCCCGCUUGGUUUCAACAUUGCCGACUACCUCAUUGACUUGACGAUGCACGCCAGCGCUCCCGUCAGCGACGAUGAUGAUCUCGAAGAACAGCUCGCUGAAGCAGACGGAAGGAUCACACGUGCUAGCUCCACCAUGGCGAUCAAGAGCAUUCCGAGCAUCAGCAAUGUGAGCUUGGGCGAGUCGACAGCAUCAGUUGGAGAACCCCUGCUUCGUCCACGCGGGAAAAGAAAGGAUAGCAUACGAAAACAGCAAGAGAGGCAGCUGUACUCCAGAAAGCCUGGCUCCAUCGAGCUUCCGAGUGCCCCAAGCGUCCGUAGUGAUGGCGCUGAUAGCGCGUUCGAAAGAGACAUGGAGGGCAGAGAUCAACAGUGGGUGAGAUUGAACAAGCAGCAAGGCCAGCCGAUACCACACAUCGCAGAAGAUCCAGACAACCUCCCACCAGCCGAAGAAGGCGCGACGGGCACCAACCUAGACCUUCUCGUCUCAGGCUAUCGCAACUCAGAAGUCGCUCAAGAACUUCGCAACGACAUACACAACAUGGUCUCUGGCACCGACAUGAACGGCCACGCAACGGGCACGCCGAACGGCAGUCUAGGCGGCAAAGUCAAAGGCUACCGCAAACCCUGGAUCCACAGACAAUUCAUCAUCCUCUCCUUCCGAACAUGGCGAAACCUCUACCGCGAUCCCAUGCUCAUGCUCACCCACUACGCCAUCGCCAUCGUCCUCGCAGUCUUCACCGGCUUCCUAUUCUACGGCCUGACCGACGAUCUCAAAGGUUUCCAAAACCGCCUCGGAUUCUUCUUCUUUUUACUCGCCCUCUACGGUUUCAGCGCUUUGACAUCUCUCACCGUCUUCGCCCCCGAACGCCUUUUAUUCCUCCGCGAACGGGCGAAAGGAUAUUACGCUCCCCCAGCUUACUACCUUGCGAAACUGGUCUUCGAUAUCGUCCCUCUCCGCCUCAUUCCGCCGAUUAUCAUGGGUUGUAUCGUAUAUCCUAUGACGGGAUUAAUCCCUUCUUGGGGCGAAUUUUUUAAAUUCAUUUUGUUUAUCGUGCUUUUUAAUUUGGCUGCUGCUAUGGUGAUGCUUUUCAUCGGCAUCUGCGUACGUAACCAAGGCGUCGCAAAUCUUUUGGGCGUGCUUGUCAUGCUGUUCAGUUUGUUGUUCGGUGGAUUUUUGUUGAAUCAUGAGACGAUUCCUAAGCCGCUUUUGUGGUUGCAAUCGUUAUCGAUCUUUCACUUCGCCUUCGAGGGAUUGAUUGUUAAUGAAGUCCGAUACUUGUCUCUCGUAGACCACAAGUAUGGUUUGGACAUCGAAGUCCCGGGUUCGGCGAUUUUGUCGAGUUUUGGGUUCGAUGUGCUUGCUUUGUGGAAUGAUGCGAUAGGACUUGCGGCUUUCUGUGGAGUGUUUUUAGUCUUGGGGUACUUGUCAAUACAUUUCUUGUUGGUGGAGAGGAGAUAG